ACUUUUGCAUAUUUUCCUCCUCUUGAACAGGCAUCUUGAGCACAAUAUACAAGGAGUGCACUAUAUAUGCAUCAUAUCACAUGCCAGAUUCUGGAACUCUUACACUGCCAUGUAGUAGUUUGUACAACACUGAGACAUGUGCUUGUGGGUAAGGGUAUUUCUCAGCAAAGGUUAAGAGCAGAGGAGAGUGCCCUGUCAGAGUCUCUUUAAAGCAGCCCUUUGAUUACCAUAGCUCCACCCAGUGCUUAUCCAGUUACCGGUUUCUCCUCAGCUAUUGGAUGAGAGUUCCUAAUCAUGCAAGGUAGUGAAUCCCUGGGGGGGUGGGGCUGGGUCUGAAAGAACUCCUUUGGCAGGCAGAAUAGAGGUUUUAUUGAGGAUAUUUCUAAACUAACCAUCAGGGACCAAGUCACUGGAUUGUAAAAAAAAAAAAAAAAAAAAAAAAAAAAAAAUAGAGCCGAAUCACUCUGCUCCCUCUCCUUCUUUCUCUCCCUCACUCUGUUCAUUUCAGUGAGCGGCACGGAGCACAGCAGCUCUUGAGCACCCAGCAGCACACAGAAUGCAAGGAAUCUACCCCCUUGUCUUAGACCAACAGCCCAAGUACCAGGGCUGAGAGAAGAUCUGAGAGGAAACAAAGGGUGGAAUUAGAAACCAAAAGAGGAAAGUUUACAGAAACAGGGAGAAGAAAGACAAGGAGAGUAUCAUUGGUUGAGCAUUUGGCACUGGUGUUUAGAGUUGUCUUCUUGCCCUCUGUGAGUGUCCAGGAUCCUAGUCCUCUCCUCUCCAUCCCUGUGCAGACAAGGUCAUGGGGUGGCUGAGGAGACCAGUGCUCUCCAUGUGCAUGCUUCUUAUUUUGCUUCAUGGCAUGGAGGCAGCUGUACCUUUGGAGGAUUUCUACCCAUUUGGGCUGGAUGAAGGUGACUCCCAGACCAUCGAGCAAGAUGAUGGGGGAUCAGGACUGAUAGAAAUAUCCGCGUCUUUCCCUUUCUUCGGAGAACGGCACACCGGACUCUAUGUCAACAACAAUGGCCUGGUGUCUUUUCUGAGAGAGGUGUCCCAGUUUACUCCUGUGGCAUUCCCUAUUGCUGGAGACCGCAGGGUGGUGGCUCCGUUCUGGGCAGAUGUAGACAACCGGAGGGCAGGAAAAGUCUUUUAUCGAGAGAGCAAAGAUCCCGCUAUCCUGAGAAGAGCCACUGCAGACGCUAAUCGUUACUUCCCUGAGUUCCCUAUGUUUGUCACCACAUGGGUGCUGAUUGCUACCUGGCAUCAAGUCACAUUUUUUGGUGGCAGCUCAAUAACUCCGGUCAAUACAUUUCAAGUAGUUCUUAUCACAGAUGGUGAGCUCUCCUUCACCAUCUUCCAGUAUCACAAUAUUACCUGGACAACAGGGAUGCAUGCUACAAGUGGUGGUGACCUAGCAGGCUUAGGGGGCAUAGCUGCACAGGCAGGUUUUAAUGCUGGCGAUGGGAGGCGCUAUUUCAACAUCCCAGGCUCUCGGACAGAUGAUAUUGUUGACGUUGAAACCACCACGAAUGUGGGCUUUCCUGGUCGUUGGGUCUUUCGUAUUGAUGAUUCUCAGGUGCAAGUGGGUGGCUGCAAUGACUCAGCUUUGGUCUGUGCUAACUUAAGGCCCUGUCAAAAUGGUGGCCGUUGCAUUGAUGACUGCAUCACUGGAAAUCCCUCCUUCACUUGCUCGUGUUUAGCUGGCUUCACUGGACGCAGGUGCCAGAUAGAGGUUGAUGAGUGCUCCUCAUACCCCUGUCAGAAUGGAGGCACAUGUGUGGACAAAAUCAACCACUUCAUCUGCCUGUGUCCACUGGGAUUCAUAGGGACAACCUGUGAGACGGACAUAGACGAGUGCCAAGAGACCCCAUGCCUCAAUGGAGCACAGUGCAUACAGGGUGUCGGCAACUUCACCUGUGUAUGCCAAGCAGGUUACACUGGGUUCCUAUGUGAGUCAGACAUCAAUGAAUGCGCAUCCAUGCCAUGUUUGAAUGGAGGUGUGUGUGAAGACCUGCUGAAUAACUACACCUGCACCUGUACGGCAAACUUCACUGGAAGCCACUGUGAGACAGAGUUAGUUGUAAUGGAAAAUUCCUCUACCACCGAUGCUGCAAAUCAGACAGUUCCCUGUUAUGGAGAGAGCUGUGAAAAACGUCAAAUCUGCGAGUACACUGGCUCUGGAAACUACAACUGCACCUGUACCCCCGGUUAUUAUGGUGACGAUUGUGAAGAGGAGUGUCCCUGUCAGAACGGAGGAUUUUGUGUUGAUGUGAAUGGCACCUGUGAAUGUCCGACAGGCUUCACUGGACUCUACUGUCAGUUUGAGGUAACACAAACACCCUGUAGUAACAACAGACCGUGUCCGGAUGGAGGCCCAUGCUUGGAGUAUGGCGGCACGUACCUCUGCACCUGCCAAACCGGUGUCGAAUUCGAUCACAAGGACUUCUACCCAUAUGUACAGCCCCGAUCAGCCUGUGAUUCUUCACCGUGUCAGAACGGAGGUUAUUGCUAUGAGAGAGAUGGAGGCUACAUCUGCGAGUGCAAGUAUGGCUACAGAGGCCAGCACUGCGAAAAAGUCAGAUUAAGUACCUGUGCCUCUGGUCCCUGUCGUAAUGGAGGCUCUUGUAAAGAAGAAGCUGACAGCUACCGGUGUGUCUGUCCCUACCGUUUCACAGGGAAACACUGUGAAGUGGGAAAGCCGGAUCCUUGUGCUUCCAGUCCCUGUCUGAACGGGGGAACAUGUUUCCACUACAUUGGUAAAUACAAAUGUGAGUGCUCCUCAUCCUUCAUAGGAAGACACUGCGAGAUCAACAGAGGAUCCAAUCCAGCUUUGGAAGCAGGUCUGAACUGUGGCCCCCCUGUGAAAGUCAAGCAUGCAGAGGUGCAGUAUUCCUCCACUACCCCAGGCUCCAUGGCUCUGUAUGCAUGCCACCCAGGCUACACUCCCCUUCCCAGGGCCACCCAGAGCAUCUGCAGCAGCCAGGGGUCCUGGAGCCAGCCUCCAGUCUGUGAAGAGAUAAACGAGUGUUUGUCUCAGCCGUGUAUGAAUGGGGGAACUUGUCGUGAUAGGGUAGCCUCCUACCUGUGUGAAUGUGAAGACGGUUUUACCGGCCAGCGCUGUCAAACAGAUAUUGAUGAAUGCCUUUCUGAACCAUGUAAGCACGGAGGUACAUGCGAGGAUCAGCCUGGCUCUUACUUCUGCCACUGCCAGAAGGGCUAUGCUGGACAGGACUGUGAGAUAGAACAGGAUGGAUGUGAGCCAAAUCCCUGCUUGAAUGGAGGUGUAUGCCGAGGCUACAGGAGGAACCACCUGUGUGUGUGUAAAGAGGGUUAUGUUGGAGACCGCUGCCAGACAUUGGAGAACCCAUGUGUACUGCAGCCGUGCGGGAACCGAGGUGUCUGUUGGAGUGAUAGGAGGGGGAACUACAGCUGCGCCUGCAGGGUGGGCCACACAGGGAGAGACUGUGAGAGAGACCUGUUGCCUCCAUCUGGCCUGCAUGUGUUGCGGGUAGAAGAAAAUGAAGUCGAGUUACGCUGGGAUCAGUCAGAUGCCACUCAGAAUUUGAUCAGCGGCUUUGCUGUUGCCUUUGCUCCUAUUGGUCGAGGACCAAGGAAGACAGACUUCCUGGAGAAGCAGCAUUCUACCUAUGUGCUGCAGGGUCUGAACCCCGGACAGCUUUACAACAUCUCCACCUUCUCUGUCAAACGCAACACCAACAGCAAUGACAUAAGCCAGCCAGCUUUCGCUCUCAUCCGCACUAGACCACGUAAAGUGGAACAGCUGGAGGUAGUGAAUGUGUCGUCUUCUCAGGUAUGGCUUCGGUGGCUGGUGCAUGUUGGCCGCCAUGCUGCGAUCAGUCAGGUUCGAGUGUCUCUGGUGCCUGCAGAUGGCAGUGGACCUCGCACAGCCGUGCUCAAUAGCAGCGUCACAGACUACACCUUCAGCACAUUGCUCCCAGGUCAGAUGUACACAGUAGACGUAGUCACACAGAGUGGUUUGCGCCCUGAAGACCUGCCAUCAACCAGCAAAUCUGCUGGACCACUGCACUUCUGGACCAGGCCGCUUCCACCUCAGAAUCUUUCACUCUCCCAUAUCACCACCACCUCUGCUCGGGUCACAUGGGACCAUCAUCCUCGUAGUCUUCCAGACGGUUUUGUAGUUAAUAUUACUCGAGGCCUGAGCACCCGUAGCCGCUACCUACCUGAUGGAAGUUUGGGGACAUACACCCUACGAGACCUCAUUCCAGGACAGCAUUACCGACUUGCCCUCACUGCUGUACGCAAAACGGCCAAGGACAACAUUCAGAGUGUCCCUCAGCACCUAGCCUUCACCACACUACCAAUUCUAAAGGACCAAAGCAGAGGUGACAGACCUCAGGGAGGACAGGACCAACAGAUGGGACAGACUUUGACACAAAUUCAAGAUGGAGUCACAGAUGAGCAAACAGAAAUCCUUGAAGAGCCACUAAAAUAUACAGAGCUUAUUGAUGGAAGAGGGAGAAUUACAGCUAAAUUUACCAAACUUCCACAUAAAACUAUCAGACAUCGCACAAAGCCUGAUCCUCCAAUCAAGUUAGAAAAGAUGGAAGAAACCACCAAUAAGAUCAGUCUAGCUCUGGAAAUUCCUCAAGAAGUGCCAAAGAGUAAAUCUGAGUCAUCCCAAGACUGCAGAACUCAGCCCUGCCAGAAUGGUGGAACCUGUGCGCAGAUCAACGAGUCGUUCAGCUGCGACUGUGCCACUGGUUUCAAAGGCAGACGGUGUGAGCUAUAUUGUCAGCGAGUGCCUCACCCAUGUACUCGCCUUUACUCUGAAACAAAGAGUGUGCCUGUGUGGGAGGAUGGUGUUUGCCAUUAUUUGUACAAAAGGACAUAUAAAGUUCAGCAGGAUGUUUGUUUUAAAGAGAUCUGUGAGCCUUUGCUGCCUAAGAAAACUCCAAACAGAAGAACUCAGAAACAACAAUAGUAGUGGAGGCUGAAUCAAUGACAACUUUGGGAAGUAAUUGUCUCAGUUCAAAUGAGGAUGCAUUCACAUCAUUGUUGACCCUUUCUUGCAUCACUGGUCACCUUUCAUUGCCUACAUUGUCCUAUGGAUGCAUUUGGUCCUAUACAGCUCCAGAUCUGUAGAUGACCUUCGACCAUAUGAUUUAGGAGUUACCUGCAUCAAUUAGCAUACCUCAAAUGUAAAUAUUAUGAGAUAUUGACAUGUAGUGGCCGUCAAGUCCCUCAGGGAAUUUUUUUGAAUUAUUGCCUGUUCAAUCUCCAAAACUUACCGGAAUUUUCAUUCAACCAUACGUUCAAGCCUGGUUCUCUCCUACAGCAAGACUGCACAAAAUACUGGAAAAAAAUGUCACAUCAUUGUUUCUGUUUGUGUAAAGCAAAACUGUCUGCUAGCUACCAUGUAAAUAGUGUUUAUAGUCUGUUUUUGUAGUUGAAUAUUUUAAUAAUAAAAAUGUUAAAACUU